ACAGUCGGGAGCCGCGGCGGCCGCGCUCUGUCUGCUUCUCCUCCGCCUCCUUGCCGCGGAGCGCGAACGCCCGGGGCCGGGCCGGGGGAUGUGAGAGCCGAAGCCCCUCGGCUGCCAGGCACCGCGUCGGCUCGGGAUCUGCCAGCCGGGCCGCGGCUCCAGCCCUGCGCGCUCGCACGCGCCGGAGCGACCCAGGCCCGACGGCGAGUUCGGGCGGGACGCGGCCGCCGCACGCCCCGACUCGGCUUCGCUGCGCGCCCAGAAGAUGAAUCCGGCCUCGGCGCCUCCGCCGCUCCCGCCGCCCGGGCAGCAAGUGAUCCACGUCACGCAGGACCUCGACACGGACCUCGAAGCCCUCUUCAACUCGGUCAUGAACCCCAAGCCCAGCUCGUGGCGCAAGAAGAUCCUGCCCGAGUCCUUCUUCAAGGAGCCUGACUCCGGCUCGCACUCGCGCCAGUCGAGCACCGACUCGUCCGGGGGCCACCCGGGACCCCGGCUGGCCGGCGGCGCCCAGCACGUCCGCUCGCACUCGUCGCCCGCGUCCCUGCAGCUGGGCACCGGCGCGGGCGCGGCGGCCAGCCCCGCGCAGCAGCACGCGCACCUCCGCCAGCAGUCCUACGACGUGACCGACGAGCUGCCGCUGCCCCCAGGCUGGGAGAUGACCUUCACGGCCACUGGCCAGAGGUACUUCCUCAAUCACAUAGAAAAAAUCACCACGUGGCAAGACCCUAGGAAGGCGAUGAAUCAGCCGCUGAAUCACAUGACGCUCCACCCUGCCGCCACUUCCACGCCUGCGCCCGCCCGGUCCAUGGCCGUGUCCCAGCCGAGUCUCGUGAUGACUCACCCGCACCAGCAGCAGGUGGCACCCAGUGCCCUGAGCCAGCAGAACCACCCGCCUCAGAACCCGCCAGCGGGGCUCCUGAGCAUGCCCAAUGCACUGACCACGCAGCAGCAGCAGCAGCAGAAACUUCGGCUUCAGAGGAUCCAGAUGGAGAGAGAGAGGAUUAGAAUGCGCCAGGAGGAGCUCAUGAGGCAGGAAGCCGCCCUCUGUAGGCAGCUCCCCAUGGAAGCCGAGACUCUGGCCUCGGUUCAGGCUGCUGUCAACCCGCCUGCCAUGACCCCGGACAUGAGAUCCAUCACUAAUAAUAGCUCAGAUCCUUUCCUCAAUGGGGGCCCGUAUCACUCGAGGGAGCAGAGCACUGACAGUGGCCUGGGCUUAGGAUGCUACAGCGUGCCGACAACUCCGGAGGACUUUCUCAGCAACGUGGACGAGAUGGACACAGGAGAAAACGCAGGACAGACGCCCAUGAACAUCAACCCUCAGCAGACCCGCUUCCCUGAUUUUCUUGACUGUCUUCCGGGAACAAACGUUGACCUGGGAACUUUGGAAUCUGAAGAUCUGAUCCCCCUCUUCAAUGAUGUAGAAUCUGCUCUGAACAAAAGCGAGCCCUUCCUAACCUGGCUGUAAUCAGUACCAUUGUAACUUGGAUGCAGCCGUGACCUGACAUUUCCUGGGCCUCUUGGAAAAGGCGAUCGAGCAGAGCCCGUUGCAGAUGCACCACUUUCUGCCUCCAUGACUCGUGCUCCCUCCUUUCCAUGUGGCCAGUUUAAUCAUUGCCUGGAUUUGAUUGACAGUAACUUAAGUUAAACACAAAUAAAUAUUCUAUUUUCAUUUUCUGCAAUCCUGCAUUCCUGUGAUGGGUUAUGCAGAUUUGUUUCUGCAGAACUGAUUAUGCAGAAUUGCUUCUCCCUUUUUCUCUCUGCUGCCCCAUGACUAAGCUUUGUGAGUGUUAGUUGAAAUUUAUACAUCGAUUGAUUAUAAACUAUAAAAAGCUGACCACAGGCAGUGGCUUCUGACAGGUGGCUCGGUCCAGGAAAUGUACACAAAAUUAGACCUGAUUUACAGUUUCAAAAACUGUAUUGAUGACAGUAGUACCAAAUGCUUUAAAAAAUAUUUAACUUGAGCUUUAAAAAUCAUUGUAUGGAUAGUAACAUUCUGCUGUAUGGAAUACAACGUCAUUUUGAAUCCAUGCUGGUUCUGAUGGUUCUUGUUGCUUUAUGUUUAGAAAGGCACACGGUCCUAUCGUAGUUUCCGCUUCAUCGUUUUACUGCAUAGCAUCUAGACAACUAGUCCUUCAGCAGGAGAGGGGCAGCAGCCUUAGACACAGUUCCUACACUACAGAUCUUAUGAAAGAGACCAGUUUGGUAUUAAUUAUGAGCAUUUAUUAAACAAAACUUUUUAAAAUUGCAAGUUGGAUUUUUUAAAAAUUGCAGCUUAGAAUUUGAUGUUUCUUUUAUAAAGCACGAUAAUUUUGUAGCUGAUGGCAAAGGGCAGCCAAAUGUUUUUGAUACAUCAGUGGCAACUGUAUUUCUGUCUUUUGAAACUGUUCUGAAGACAUCAGGACAACAUAGCUUUCACCCUGAUGGCACACACAGUAAGCUGUUGCUUUUUAAAUUCUGAAGCCUUGUCCGUUUUGCUUUCAAGAUUUUAAGUGUUUAAAAUAAUCUCAUCUAUGAAACUGUUUGAAGGAUGAAGCAGAUCUCUGACUGACGUAAAAAAAUGCCCUCUGAGGGUGUAUGGUGGAGACAUGUUUCUGAAUUCAGUAAAAGUGAUUCCUAAGUGUAUCAUCCUAACCCUGUUUGCUAUGGUUGGUAUAAAAAGGCAUGAAAUAUGUACUCAAUACCUCUUAUGUAACCAAAAACGUUUUUUCUUAGCUUUUAAGGACUGAGAGAGGUCAGGUUCCCCUGGCACGCACUCUGCCUGCAUUGCCAAUGAAGUCCUCAACUGUUUAAUAUUUUAAACUGACAUUAUUUAUAAUCUAUGAAUUUAAUAUCUUUUUUUGAAAGACAUUAAUAAUUCAGGUCUCUGAGAGGAAACUUUCAAUUCCCAAGGGGGCUUAUUUUUCGGGGGGGGGGGACUCUUAAAUAAGAUCAUUUUUGGUCUACCCGAAUAUAAACGGGCAGAAUACAUUUUAUCUUGUUGGAAAGGAGGCACGUGAAAAGGUCAGAGGCGAAGUAGCGAAGUUAUGGACUCUAGUGGAAAGGAUACGAGUUGUGAGAUGGAAAUAGACGAGUUAGAGAACCCCAAAAGCAAGACAAGCAGGAGGAUGAGAGGUACCCCCAAAGAACAAAGCAACCAUUUUCUCCUACAACCUUUAUAGCGAAAGGCUGUUGUAGAAGAAAAGCAGCUUUGGUGCACGUUAGGGGGUGGGAGGGGGAGACGGGGCACAUGCUGCUCUGUCCGUGCUGGUGCUGAGCAGGCGGGCGGACAACAGCAUGAACCUGCCGUUGCUUCCAGCACAAUGAAGCGAUUUCUUUUUCCUGAAGGACCCGUGGUUUCUGUUCCUCUGAUUCCUUCUCUCUCUAAGUGCUCUGAGAGAGAUGGGGGUAGGUGUUUAUGUUGCUACUAAAUUGAAGGGAGCACUAUUUCUUUUUCUCUUUUGUUCGCAAUAAUUGCAAAAAGAGUUGUACAUUCUUUCUAAGGAAAAAGAAAGAAAGAAACAACAAGGGACCUAACAAAACUGAGCAGUGUUACUGUAUUUUUUAAAAAUAUUUUUAUAGACUCAUUUUCAGGUUAUUAAACAUAAAAGAAACAGAUACCCCUCUUUUUUUUAAGUAGUUAAAGCAUCGGUGAUUUGUAUUAUCGAUUUUUAGAAGUAAUUUCCUAGUAAGCUUGUGGCAUUAGAAAAUACUAGAAGUUUUAGUGAAAUUAGUUUGAACAUUUAUUAAUGAAUAUAACAGAUAUUUUUUCAGAAUUAAAUAUGGACCCUGACUAUGUGUUUACUAAUAGAUAAAACCAGAUAUAAUUUUUGUUUGUUUCUAAGGCCAUAAAAUAUGGUCUUUGUUAAAGAACACUAAAGCUAGAAAUUUAAAGUAAAAGCAACUCUUUAGAGGAUACUUCCUAUUAUUGUAGGUGUUAAAACCCCUCCAGAAGUCAUGAUAAGGUGCUAUUUAUACUAUGUUUCUUAUUAGAAAACAACUGCCAGGAUAGCUCGUCUUUUUAGUCCUAAAUGAAUCAAUUUCAACAUUUCAUCCAAUAAUUUUGCUGUAGCAAAGGCAUAUGAAAAAUUGAAAUUGAAAAAUAAUUUCAGAGCUCUUUCUUUCAAGCUAUUUUUUUCCUGAUAAAAUGCAUUUUCUUGAAGUAAAUACAUUGUCAAAACCUAUUUGCAAUUGUAUUAAAUCUAAGUAAUUGUUAGUGUUUCACCAUGAUCUUUAGGAUGUGAAAUGCCAUUGCUUUCACUGAUUCUACCAUAUACGAGAAGCACAUAAAGCAGAGUGAAAAACUGAGUGUGCUGGGGCGCUGGUGACCCGUGCCUGGUGGGAGAGCUCUCUGUAGAAGUGUCGCUCGUUAAAUGCUGUGUUUUCAUGACGUAAUAGAAAGGAACUUCUGAAAGUACAACUUUCAUGAAAAAAAUAAGCUGUUAAAAAAAGGAAAUUGUAGAUUAAUUUAAUUGGGAAAAUGGGCGAUUGACAGAGACCGGUUCCCUAACACACUACGUCGUUUAUGUGCUCAGACUUUAACUUGUAAAAACUUUCUUCUCCAUUUUGUAAUAUGACCUACAUGUGUUUAUUUUUAACUUAGCUGUGUGUAUGGAAAGUACGCAGCCAAGUCGAUCAGAUCAAACCAUUUUGCCUGGAGUUUGGUACUGGUUUUACUUCUCUGAUUCUGUAUAAUAAAAAUAAAUACAACUGAAUUUCCACGUG